GAAGACAAGAUUGGGUUUCAGUGAUGAAUGUUUGAGGAGGACCUUGGAAAAAUUUGUACCUGGGGUCUGUGAUUUCUCUGCAAUACCCAGCUUAUAGCAAUCACAAGAAACAUGAGAAGGGAAGCAUUGCUUGGUGUCUUUUGCUACUACUUCUAUUCUGUCAAUGGGUUAGCAAUUGUGACUUCAAAUGAGCGGAAAUGUGAUGACUCUUCACAAAAUAACUCAAAAUCAUACACAGCUCCUAUACAGGUCUCAAAGAAUUACGAACCCAAUUGGACAAGUCUGGAAACAAGACCUCUUCCUGAUUGGUUUGACAAGGCAAAAAUAGGAGUAUUCAUACAUUGGGGUGUAUAUUCUGUUCCCAGUUUCAGUUCUGAGUGGUUUUGGAUGCUUUGGAAAGGAAACCCAUCACCAAACCCAUCUGCACAAAAGAAAAUAUUGAAAUAUAUGAGUGAUAAUUACAAGCCAGAUUUUAGUUAUCAAGACUUUGCCACUCAGUUUACCGCAGAUUUAUUUGAUCCAGUCGAAUGGGCAUCUCUAAUAGAAGCAUCUGGUGCUAAGUAUGUUGUAUUUACCAGUAAACAUCAUGAUGGUUAUGCCAUGUGGCCUUCUAACUAUUCUUACAGCUGGAAUUCUGUUGAUGUUGGGCCACACAGAGAUAUUAAUGCUCAGCUUGCCAAAGCAAUACAUGAACACACAAAAAUGAGAUUUGGUUUGUAUUAUUCCCUGUAUGAAUGGUUCCAUCCUCUUUACUUGAUUGAUAAGUCAAAGAAUUUUACUACACAAGCCUUUGUGGAUUAUAAAAUUGUACCUGAAAUGAAGGAACUGGUCAAUAGAUAUAAACCUGAAAUAAUUUGGUCUGAUGGAGAAUGGGAGGCAUCUAGUAAAUAUUGGAAAGCAGAAGAAUUCUUGGCUUGGCUGUACAAUGAAAGCCCAGUUAGAGAAACCGUGGUGGUCAAUGACCGCUGGGGUCAAGAAACUUUAUGUAAACAUGGAGGAUACUUUACAUGUGCAGAUCGUUUUAUUCCAGGAAAACUAUUGGGACGCAAAUGGGAAAAUGCUUUAACGAUUGAUAAAGGAAGUUGGGGAUACAGCAGAUUAAGCCCUAUAAUUAAUUAUCUUACAACACAGCAGCUGAUUGACAUUAUAGUCCAAACUGUCGCUUUUGGUGGCAAUGUGCUAAUCAACGUUGGCCCAACAAAAUCUGGAAAAAUCAGUCCAAUAUAUCAAGAGCGCUUGAUAGAUGUUGGUAAAUGGUUGAAAGUUAAUGGCGAGGCAAUAUAUGAAUCAUCUCCAUGGAAUGCAUGUCAAAAUGAUAUUAAUCAUCCACAUAUUUGGUACACAACUAAAAAUGAUGGAAAGGAAUUAUACAUAAUAUUCUUGAGGUGGCCUAAAACUGGUUUCUUGUAUUUAUCAUGUCUUGAAAAAACAGAUGAUUCUGAAAAUACAAUGCUGGGCUUACCUGAUGUUAAGAUAAAGGGGAUACUAACUGAUGAAGGUAUUUAUAAAAUUAUAUUGCCGAACAAAGAAUUGAUCGAGACUGAUUGGGGAUGGACUAUAAAAAUGAGCAUAAAAUUGAAAGAUGGAUAAAGGCUUCAGCCCGAAAGCCCCCCCCUCUCCCCGUAGAUCCCGCCUGUGGCUUGUGGUGCAAAAAGUUUGGAGACCCCUAGACGAUAGUCAGAUAAACAUCAAAUAGCUGCUGAUUGAUAUCAUUCACAAUAAUAAUUGC